CUCCUCCUUUCUCCUCCUUCCUCUCUUUCCUCCUGGUCUCCCAGCCGGCGGCGGCAGAGAGGGAUUUUCAACCCGGGCUGCAGAUGCAGGGAACAGGGCUGCAGAGUGAAAGAGACACCGGUAGUCAGUAGGGAAGUUGUGGAAAGAAGUGAUUAUUUUUGGAGAAACGCAUUCGAAAGAGUUUGUUCACGGACGCUCCGGGAAGUGACAUUUUCAUUUCGUGAAAGUUAACUUUUUUCGGUUACAUCCGUGUGGUGGUCAUGGGUUCCCAUCGGACACUCGCGGGCGGCCGGUUAGUGCUGCUUGUGGCGGGGCUGCUCGUGGCUCUGGGGCACCGCUGCGCCGCAAGCUGCCCAGAGAGAGAAUUGGAGGACAGGGAAGAGGAGGCCAACAUAGUUUUGACCGGCACCGUGGACGAAAUAAUAAACAUGGACCCGGUGCACAAUACCUAUUCUUGCAAGGUCAGGGUGUGGCGCUACUUGAAAGGGAAGACCAACAUCAACCGUGAAAUCCUCCUGGACGGCGGCAACAAGUUGAUGAUAGGCGGCUUUGGCAACCCCGGGAUCUGCGACAACCAGGUAGCCACGGGUGACACUCGCAUAUUCUUUCUCAACCCUGCCAAGGAAGACAUGGGACCAGAACACAAGAACGAACUUAUGCUCAACUCAAGUCUGAUGAGGAUUACCCUGCGCAACCUGGAGGACGUGGAACACUGCGUGGAAGCUCACAAAUAUAUAGUUGCAGACAAACCUCCUCACUUCACACCAGCCCAGCCUCCUGAUGGCUGCAGAGGGAUGUUGUGUGGCUUCGGCGCCGUAUGUGAGCGUGACCAGACUGACCCAUCCAAAGCUGACUGCGUUUGCAAGAAAGCGGACUGUCCAUCGUUGGUGGCACCUGUCUGCGGCUCUGAUUCGUCCACCUACUCCAAUGAGUGCGAACUGGAGAAAGCCCAGUGCAACGCCCAGAGACGCAUCAAGGUUCUGCGCAAGGGUCCCUGCUCUCUGACGGACCCCUGCUCCGAGGUGACCUGCAGCUACGGCAGCACCUGUGCCGAGUCCUCGGACGGCGUGUCAGCUAAAUGCAUGUGUCCCCUCGGCUGCGAGGGCAAGCGCGAACAGACCGUGUGCGGCAGCGACGGGAAGGACUACCGCAACGAGUGUGAGCUCCAUCAGCAUGCCUGCAAGAACCAGAAGAACAUCCGAGUGCAAUACCAAGGGAACUGCGACCCAUGUAAAGACAAUGAGAACAGUCUGACCACGCAGUGCCGGGUGGAGAGCAUCACCCGCCAGUCCAUCUUCUCUCCCCUGCCGGAGUCGUGCCCGCCGGGGGGCGAGCCUUUGUGUGCCAGUGACGGACAUACAUACCCCAGCGAGUGCGCCAUGGAAGCAACCGGCAGGCGGAAAGGCAUCAAGGUCAAGAAGAUCCACAAUGGGAAAUGCAGAAGGGAGGAUGACUGUCAGGAGGAGUGUCUCUUCAACGCCGUGUGUCUGGUGGAGCAGCCGAAAGCCCGCUGCUCCUGCGACCCCAUCGAGUGCGACGGAACCUACAAGCCCGUGUGCGGCAAGGACGGCCAGACCUACACCAACGACUGCAUGCGACGCAAGACCGAGUGUCUGAGCAAGACCCUCAUCUCCAUCAAGCACCAGGGGCCCUGUGAUCUCAGCAUACCGAGCCCCUGCCUUGUUAAGGUGUGUGAUCACGGGGCGGUGUGUGUGGUUGAAAACGACGUGCCGGUGUGCGAAUGCCCCGAGGCCUGCCCGCAAACAUCAGACCCUGUGUGUGGAUCCGACAGCCACAGCUACGGGAGCCCCUGUGAAAUGAGAGCGAUGGGUUGCGCCCUGCAGAAGACCAUUCACAUCCAGCACAAAGGACCCUGUGAUGACUCUUGUGCCAACUGCUCUUUCGGGGCAAUCUGCGAUGCCCAGAGCGGGCAGUGUGUGUGUGCGUCGGAGUGUGUGAAGUCCCACCAGCCUGUGUGUGGCAGCGACGGAAGCACCUACAACAGCGAGUGUGAGCUGCACGUGCGCGCCUGCAAACAACAGAUGGACCUCCGAGUGGUCAGCCAGGGCGAGUGCAAAACAUGCGGCAGCACCGUGUGUGCCUGGGGGGCCCGCUGCGUCCAUAAUAUGUGCGAGUGCCCGCAGUGCUCGGGCGAGGCCUUCUACCCGGUGUGCGGCAGCGACGGCACCACCUACAACAACGAGUGUGAGCUCCGCACGGCCUCCUGCGAGCAGAAGAGGAAGAUCGAUGCAGCCAAGCCCGGCAGCUGCGACGAAGACUGCGGCUCAGGAGGGUCAGGAUCAGGCGCGGAGAGCUGUGAACAGGACCGCUGUCGCAUGUUCGGAGGCUCGUGGGACGAGGAUGCCGAAGACGAUCGCUGUAUGUGUGACUUCACCUGUCAGAGUGUGCCUCACAACACGGUUUGUGGCUCGGAUGGCAAAAACUACAGCAACGAGUGCCAGCUGAAGAAGGCCAGAUGUGAGAAACAGGAGCACUUGUUGAUUCAGAAUCAGGGAGCCUGUGCAGCGAUUUCAGCCACAUCUCUACCGGAGCUGUCGGAGCCCCAGCACUGCAGCGAGUCUGUGUACGGCUGCUGCCAUGACAACAUGACUGCUGCUCUAGGAGUCGGACUGGCUGGAUGUCCUAGUACGUGUCAGUGUAACGUCUACGGCUCCUACAAGGAGACGUGUGAACCCAACAGCGGACAGUGCUCCUGUAAGCCAGGCGUGGGCGGACAGAAGUGUGACCGCUGCAAGCCGGGCUUCUGGAACUUCCGCGGCAUCGUGACGGAGAACAUCAGCGGAUGCACGCCGUGUAACUGCGACGCCGCGGGCUCAGUUCGGGACGACUGUGAGCAGAUGUCGGGCCUCUGUUCCUGCAAGACGGGAGUGAAGGGCAUGAAGUGCAACCUGUGUCGAGACGGAAGCACCAACGGCUGCGACAAAGGUCCAGAGCCCCCCACCUCAUGUGAGGAGUUAGUGUGCAGUUACGGAGCUACAUGCAUCGAGGUGAACGACCAGGCCCACUGCGAGUGUCCUUCCCCAGACUGUGACGAGAAAAACAAAACAAAGGUGUGCGGCUCAGACGGGGUGACCUACGCCGACCAGUGCCAGCUGAGGACCAUCGCCUGCAGGCAGGAUAAGGACAUCACAGUGCAGCACUCCGGACAGUGCACAGAAACCAUCUCUGAGCCGGCAGACCGACCCACCCCCAACCCCCUCGCCACCACCCCCAGCUCAAGCUCUGUUGCCACCAUCACCACCCCCACCUCCUUCCACCCUAACAUGGUGUGGGCCAUCCCGCUUCCGAGGACGGAAGAGCCAUCGACCACUGAGUGGCCCCCUGCCACCACCAUCUCUUCCACCCUCAUCAACAACAGAGCAAAACAACACCACAUCAUCCACACCCAGCCGCCGCAGUCCACCACCACCUCCACCCCCCGCAGCAGACCGCCCCCCCCUGCCGCCGCUGUCUCCUUCGACGGCUCGGGCAGUGGGGAGCCCAGCGGCGAUGACCAGACCGAAGAGGAAGAGGAACAAGAAGAGGAAGCGGGUAGCGGCGUUCCAACGGAGGCCAGUGGCGCAGAGGAGCCUGUCGGUCCCACGUUGGCGAGCACCACAGUACCCACAGCUGAGGACCGGUCCUCCUGCGACAACACAGAGUUCGGAUGCUGCCCCGACGGAAAGACACCCUCCACUACUCCAGAGGGCGCCAACUGCCCCUCCACCAUGAGGUUCAGCGGCUUCCUGCACUUGGACCAGGUGGAGGGCCAGGAGAUAUUCUACACCCCUGAGAUGGAGGACCCCAAGUCGGAGCUGUUUGGAGAGACAGCCCGCAGCAUAGAGAGCGCACUCAAUGAGUUGUUCAGGAAGUCGGAGGUGCACAAAGACUUCAUGAGUGUUCGUGUCAGGAAUUUGGCUCCAAGCAACUCCAUCUUGGCCUUUGUGGAGGCCCACUUCAAACCAGAUACCAGAUUCACGGUGGAAGACAUCGAAGGAGCCCUGCUCAAACAGCUGAAGGCCUCCAAAGACACCAGCAUCGCUGUGAAGAAGCCAGAGGACGAGAAUAUCCGCUUCACCAAUUAUGACAUCUCCUCCGUCCCCUUCUUCACCACCACCACGACCACCACCACCACGGCCUCAGUCACCACAGCCGCUCCCAGCACCACCACCAUGCCUCCCCCCACCUCCCCGUACAUCACCCGCCGCCCCCCAGGCACCACACGCAGGCCCUAUGGCAGACGCACCACCACAACCUCAGCGCCUGUAACCACACCGCGACCCACCACCACCACAGAGGCCCCCACUACCACUGCUCCACCUCCAGCCACCACUGUAGCCCAUGUCCGAGGCAGGCUGCACCACAAGAAGCCCUGCAGCUCCCACCCCUGCCUGCACGGCGGCACCUGCGAGAACGAGGGCAACGACUUCAGCUGCAAGUGUCCCGCCGGGCGAGGAGGCUCCGUGUGCGAGAAGGUGAUCAAGUACUUCAUCCCGUCAUUCGGAGGCCAAUCGUACUUGGCGUUCCAAACCAUGAGCGCCUAUCACACGGUCCGCAUCGCCAUGGAGUUCCGGGUAUCCGAGAUGACCGGGAUCCUGCUCUACAACGGCCAGGACGGCAAGAAGGACUUCAUCUCUCUGGCUCUGGUGAAUGGCAAGGUGGAACUCAGGUUUAACACAGGUUCGGGAACUGGAACAGUUGUCAGCAAAGUACAAAUCAAUCAGGGCCGCUGGCAUCAGCUGGUGGUGACGCGCAACCGCCGCAACGCCAUGCUCAGCGUGGACAACGAGCCGCACAUCGAGGGCGAAAGCCCCCGCGGCACAGAUGGCCUCAACCUGGACACCGACCUGUUCAUCGGAGGAGUGCUCGAGGAAAUGAAGCAGGAUGUGAGGGAGCGGACGGCGGUGGCCACAGGUGUGGUGGGUUGCAUCCGCCUGCUGGAUGUCAACAACCGUGUGCUGAACCUGCAGGAGAGCGGGGGGGACAGUCUGUACGGCAGCGGCGUGGGCGAAUGUGGUAACAACCCCUGUCAGCCCAACCCCUGCAAGAACGGAGCUGCAUGCCAGGUCAAGGAGGCAGAGAUGUUCCACUGCAAGUGCAGCAAAGGAUUCUGGGGUCCAACUUGUGCUGACGUCCAUGAUCCAUGCGAGCCCAACAGGUGCCAUCCAUCCUCCCAGUGCCAGGCGCUGCCGGAGGGAGGCUACAAGUGCGAGUGUCCCAUGGGACGUGAGGGGAGGCACUGCGAGAAAAUGGCUGAGAAGAGCGGGGCUUACAUGCCGCUAUUCGACGGAGACUCUUAUGUGGAGCUGAAGGGACUUCACCUCUACGGGCACGAUCUGCGUCAAAAGGUCAGCAUGACGGUGAUUCUCAAGGCCAACAGCUCCAACGGUUUGAUAUUCUACAACGGCCAGAAAUCGGACGGAAAAGGAGACUUCAUCUCUCUGUCCCUCAAUGAGGGCAUCCUGGAGUUCCGCUACGACCUGGGGAAGGGACCCGCCACCAUCAGGAGCAUGGAACCAAUCCAGCUGAAUGUGUGGAACACCAUCAACCUGGAGCGCUCCAACCGCAAAGGAGAGAUCAUGGUGAACAAGAAGGACCCCGUCCGAGGAGAGGCACCGAAAUCACGAAAGAACCUGCACGUAGAUCUUAACCUGAAAGAGUCUCUUUUCGUCGGCGGAGCCCCCGAUUACAGCCGGCUAGCGAGAGUCGCUGCACUCACGGAGGGCUUCAAGGGAACAAUCCAAAAGAUCAUUCUGAUGGGCACACCGAUCCUUAGAGAGGAGAACGCCCUGCGUGCCAGCAACAUCGACAUGUUCCAGGAGCACGCGUGUUCCCAGGAGCCCUGCCAAAACGGCGGGCGCUGCAACCCCAUGCUGGACGCCUACGAGUGUGUGUGCCUCAGUGGGUUCUCAGGGGGCCGUUGUCAGAACACCAUCUAUGAGAAGUCUGCAGGAGAGACCGAGGCCAUUGCCUUUGACGGUCGGACGUUCAUCGAGUACCACAACGCUGUCACAAAGAGCGAGAAGGCUCUGCUGGUGAACAAAUUUGAGCUGAGCAUCCGGACGGAGGCGACCCAGGGCCUGGUGCUGUGGAGCGGGAAGGGCGUGGAGCGCUCCGACUACAUCGCCCUGGCCAUCGUUGACGGACACAUCCAGAUGACAUACGACCUGGGCUCCAAGCCCGUGGUGCUGCGCUCCUCGAUGCGCGUCGACACCAACCGCUGGAUACGCAUCAAGGCCAGCAGAGCACUCAGAGACGGCUCUCUGCAGGUCGGCAAUGAGGCAGCGGUAACAGGGUCGUCGCCCCUGGCAGCCACGCAGCUGGACACAGACGGAGCGCUGUGGCUCGGUGGUCUGGAGGAGCUGGCGGGUGGCCCGUCGUUUGCCCAAAGCCUACAGCACGGGGUACAUGGGCUGCAUCAAGGACGUGGUGGUGGACCGGCGUGGAGCUCCACCGGUGGAAAGACGCCCUAAACAAGCCCCAAAAUACUACACUGCUCCGCCGCCAAAUAACCCAGCAGAGACCGAAUCUUGAGAAAUAAACGGAGAAAAAUAAGAAACCUCCCACUCGCUCCCUCCAUAGCGCCAUGUCUCCUGCUGUAAUUAUUUUCUAUUUUUGUAUACUUUUCAUUGCUUUUUAUGUGGAAAGAAAAUGUUGUUUUAAUUUUUGUUUUAUAUAUUUGUUUCUUUUUCUUUUUUUUAUCUGCACCUACAUAAACAGAACACACUUCUUUCUGCCCCUAGCCCCUUCAUAUAUAUCUUCUUUUUUUUCAAAAAGCAGGCAUCUCUGGUGAAAGGGAGAUAUGUUAUUCUUGUCAGUUUUGUUGUUUUAAUUAAAACAAACGCCAACUUAAAAAAAAAAAAAAAGCUGCCUGCUUCCUUUUUUCCCCUCCUCGCUCAUUACUUGAACACUGGUGGACGUCGCAGCAGAUCUCUGGUAACGGCCUUGUCUUGGUGCCAUAUCUAUCGUCCACAUUCCCCAAGCAUGGCCCAUACCGUACCUUCAUGAUAGACAUACAUUCCCCCCCCCCUGCUGCGGCUCUUUGAUGCUGCGGCCAGCUGGCGACUCCACACAAGAAACUCUAAUGUAAUCAGCCACCAGUAGCCCGCUGUUUUUUUCCUAAUGGGACUUUUCAGAUAUCAGUCAAGCUGCUACAGUGAGAAAGUACACAGCUCGAGACCACUCCAUCACCCCCAUCGCAGAGCACCCUCCCCAAAAAAGAAAAAAAAAAAAACUCUCCCGCUCAAUCUGAAUCCCAUCAGAGCCUCUAGUUUUGAAAUAUGACUCACUAACACUUCAAGCCGACAUGACGGAGAGAGCGCUCCACAAUGACGCGCAUAUCAUUAGUCAUAAGUCAAGACAUGAAUAAAUGUUAUAAAUAUAGAGUAUAUAAAUAAUACCUGAGACUGUGAAUAUGUAAGAUGGGUUCUCUUUGGAGAAUUUUGCUUCUCAUAUACUAUUGUGCGUUCUGUUUUAACAAUCCAAACUAAUGAUGACCACUAUAAAUGCAUGCACUUCUGCAGUGUUGGUUUGAAUCUGGUUUUUGUUUUCUAGUUUUAUUUUGAAAAUAAUUCCCACUGAGCUCGGAAUAAUGUUUUAUAUUUGUUCAUAUCCCUGUAUCUUUAUGGCCUUUUUUAAAACAUUUUUCCUGGGAGCAGUUAGUUUUGCAGGACAUUGAAUGGUGCAUACGGGGAAGAGGUUGUUACCAUAUCUGACCUUAAGGAGGUGCUGAAAGCAAAGACUGAAGAAGGAACAGACAGGAAGGAGGCCAGCAGAGAUCUUAUCAUGAGGAGAGCCUAACCACUCUUGGGAAUGUCACCGUCAAACAAAAUUCGUUCAAAAACUCUUUCUGAGACUUCAUUUCGUUCGUAUUUGACUCGGAGCAUUCCUGGAGGACCUUUUGUUGUUUCCGGCUAUCCAGGAGAAAGACGUUGUUGUGACUUUUGGAGCCAUAACAGCCGCAAACAUGGGAAACCGAUGCAUAAUCUACAGUACUUGGCAAAUUAACAUAGUGACGCAUGGUUUUGUAUUUCAUUACUAGUCGAAUUCUUAACUUUCAGUGAACUGAUGCAACGUGGUGAAGUCGUCCACAAUAAGCCCGCGCUGACCGACUUAAAGGGACACUUUGUUUUGAUAUUGAGAACUUUGGCAAUACUCUGAGACAAAAUCAUGCCUGUUCAUGGUCGAGUAUUGAAUGGUCUUGUGCUACUUUGUCUUUUCUUAAUUUCCCUUCUUAAAUCAUCAUUGUUUUUUGUACAGCCCUUGUGAACUUAGCAAAUGUGUUAUAUGUGGAGGUUUAUGUUUUUAGUAAUAUACACUGGAACCAUGUCGCCCACAUGAUGAUAUACUCAUGUAGGGAGGGAAAGCCCUGAAGCUAUAAACUGUGUUGUUGAGUGUCCACACCAGGAAAACCCUUAUUUUCUGAUGCAAGACACGUUUAAAAUUCCAGCACUAUUAACCUUGGACUGGUCUUAUUGUACCAUUGUGUUUGAAUUUGAUCAGCUCAGGUGGCGACAUUAAUAAAGGAGAAAUCCCUGUGUAUUCGGAUGGACUCGAGAACAUUAAGACGAUAGCAGUCCUGUGGUUUGAAAACUAUUUGCCUUAAAAAACCCAAUCACCUCUCUCUGAGCAGGUGACGUCAUCCAUAUAACUGUUUUCCUUAUUUUAGCCAGUGUAUUAGCCUCAUCCCCAUAAUGUAAAGGAGUAAUACAUAAUAAUGAUAAUUAUAUCAGUAAUAAUGCUCAUACUGUACACAAAAAAUAUCCCGGGGGGGGGCUCUGCAAAUGUCCCCCUCCGGCUUUUUACGAAAAGAUCUUCUAUUUACUGUUUUUGGAAUCUAUUUUCUGUUCCUUAUUUAUGUCUACAUGUGGAUGACCCUCCAUGUCCGGCCUCUGUAAACUACUGUCUGACUGCAAAGCUCCUCAAAGGCCAGUGCCCCGCGUACGAGUGGCAUGACCUGAACAUUACUAACUCUAUGACCUUUGUCUUGUGAUCCUACCACCAUGAAAUAAAAUGUCAACCAAAUGGA